GGCAACUACUCCAUACCAUCAGCCAACCCCAGGCCCUGGGUCCGCUUGCCCCACUUUCUCUUCCUUUUGUAAACUGGAAAGCGCUUUGCAGUCUAAGACAUGUCAUUAGAUUAAAUAAGACCGUGAAGUCCAGCGGACACUAGGUGCAGGGCAAGUCGGGGCGCUGAGAAUGCAGGCCAGGAAAGUUGGUCUGGACCCAUCCUCCCAGCCCAGCUCUCCAGCUGGUGACAGUGUCAAAACAAAGCAGCAGCAGCCGCCUGAAGGGGGCGCCCGGAUGUAACGCGCGGCCCCGUCCCGUCACGUGCCUGCGGCGUCGCGUCACACCCGGAAGCAGUUGCUGUGGGGAGCCGGCAGUAAUGAGCGGGGAGACAGGGCCGGCGUCCGUAGCGCCCCCUCCCGAGGAGGUCGAACCGGGCAGUGGGGUCCGCAUCGUGGUUGAGUACUGUGAACCCUGCGGCUUCGAGGCGACCUACCUGGAGCUGGCGAGUGCCGUGAAGGCGCAGUAUCCUGGCAUCGAGAUCGAGUCGCGCCUGGGGGGCACAGGGGCCUUUGAGAUCGAAAUCAAUGGACAGCUGGUGUUCUCCAAGCUGGAGAAUGGAGGCUUUCCUUAUGAGAAAGAUGUGAGUACUUGUCAUGCUGGAAAGACCCCUGGUUCACCCUGCCCCUACAAUGAACGCAUCAUC